UAAUUGUGACGUGACGUUUACAAAAAUACAAUGAAAAGUGAUGUUUUCCCACAUUAGUUAUUAACAAAUUCUUCAGACGAUGGAAAAUAUUGCUAAUAAUAGUUCUGUUCUUAUUAUAAAUUACGUAGAAGAUGAAAAGUUUAAUAAUCAAUUUUCAAAUGUUAUGAAAACUGCAGAGGUGUGUCCUCUAAAAGAAAUUUCUAGUAAACAAGAUAAAAAUGAGUAUUAUGAUGUUGUUAUCCUUAAUUCAGUUGACAUCCAUGAUAACCAAUCUCUAGAUCAAACUUUGUCAACAAUACUAACCCUUUUAAAACAGGGGGGUUCUCUCAUUAUUUUCUAUAAUGAAAACCCUCAAAACUUUGAAUUGAAUCUAAAAAUAAAUGGAUACGUAGAUGUUUCUGUAAACACUAAUCAAAUUAUUGCUCAGAAACCAAAGUAUGAUAUUGGUUCGUCCCAAAAAAUUAAUAUUUCCAAAAAUUCUUCAAAACUUUCUGUGUGGAAGUUAGAUGAUACUAUUGAUGAUGACAUUGAUACUAUUGACCCUGACAAUCUUCUUGAUGAAGAAGAUCUUAAAAAACCAGACCCUUCUUCUCUACGUGUAUGUGGAACAACAGGUUUACGAAAGGCAUGUAAAGACUGCAGUUGUGGUCUAGCUGAAGAAUUAGAAAAUGAAACUAAACCAACAAAUGAACCUACAAUUCGUUCUUCUUGUGGAAAUUGUUAUCUUGGAGAUGCAUUCCGAUGUGCUAGCUGCCCUUAUUUAGGAAUGCCUGCUUUUAAACCAGGAGAAAAGAUUUCACUUACUGCAAAUCAAUUAGUUGCAGAUAAAUAAAUGAACAGUUCAAUCAUAAUCUUGUAUAGUUUAGUUUCUGGUGGUUAAUUUUGUUUUAUAUUUGUAUUUGUCCUUUGAAAUUUAAUUUAGAACCCUUUUAAACAACUGUUUACUAUUUUGUUAAUAAAUUGAUAUUACAUAUCA